AAAAACUUGGCAAAGACCGGAGGCUUUCUCUGUAGGAUUCAAUUCGGAGAAUAAGAUGCGGACUUUGAUAGGAUAGUAGCCAUUGGUUUCAUAAUAUGCGGAAUUUGGGUUAAUGUGGUACAAUUGAUCAGCAUCUCAGGUGUUGGCAAGAUAUAAGACGGCUGCAGUGCCAGCUGAGACUCCAUCACCACAAUCACUUUCAAUCUCACUUCUUAUGCACUCACCAUAAUUAGACAUCAAUCACCAAGUUUCAAAAUGUCAAAGACUCUCGCUGUCAUCGGCGCCACUGGCAAACAAGGCGGCGCUGUCAUAAACUUCGUCCUCAACGACCCAGAGCUGUCAAAGCAAUACAAGAUCCGCGCCAUCACCCGCGAUGUCAACUCUGAGAAUUCCAAUAAGCUCAAAGAGCGGGGUGUUGAAGUCGUACAGGGUGACUUAGCUGACCCUGCCUCUAUCAAGUCUGCCCUGAAGGGAGCACACACACUCUUCUUCAUGACAACUCCUGCUUGGACUGCUACCGAUUUAAAGCCCGAGUUCGAGGCCAUCAAGAAGACAGCUGAUGCAGCUGUUGAAGCUGGUAUUGAUUACAUCAUCUUUAGCAGUCUUCCUAGCACUACAGAUGUCUCUGGCGGGAAGUACACUGCCAACCAUCCAUUUGAUGCUAAGGCUGAGGGCGAGAAGUACAUUCGUACACUUCCCGUCAAGAGCGCCUUUGUCCGUCUUGGCUUCUUCCUCGAGAACAUCAUCCAAGUUCCUCUCUGGGCUCCUCAGAAGGAUGAGAAUGGCAAUUGGGUUGUCUCUCUCCCUUUCACUCCCGAGACUCGCAUCCCGUGGAUCGACAACGGCAGUAAUUGCGGAAGUUUCGUCGGCGCAAUUCUGGCCGAGCCUGAAAAGUAUGAAGGCGUAGGCUUUGAUGCAGCUGCUGGGUUUUACAGCCUAGAGGAACUUGUCGCUAUUGAGAGCAAGGUUACCAGCAAGGAGAUCACUUACAAGCAAAUCUCCUCUGAGGAAUUUGCUGAGAAACUACCCAUCCUGAAGGAUGUAUAUGUGCAAGCCUUUAAAGCUGGUCAGGAGUUUGGUUACUAUGGUGCUGAUGGAGAGAAGUCAGUUGCUUGGGCUGCUGAGAGGGCGAGAGGCAAACUUAUCACUCCUGAGGAGUUCUUCAAGGCGAACCCUCUCAAGUUGGAGUGAUGAAGUAUGUAAAGGAUCUUCGUAUUUAAAUGUCAUUGCUUAACAAAGAGUUUCGAGAGGAC